AUGCCAACGGAGAGCGAAGAGUGUACUUUAUACUGCGACGAGGGGAAAGGAGAAGCGAUUUUACAAACAGUUCACAGCUUUUUGCUCAGUUUUGUUGGAUUGAAAACUGAAUACGAAUUGAUAACUCACUGUAAUUAUAUACCAAGAUUGACCAAUAUAAGAAGCAGUCAGCAGUGUAUACUAGACUAUAAGACAGCGGCAUCACAAUUGUCAUCGUUUUUGAGCUACUCCCCAUUUCCUGAAUUUCUCUGUUUGUUUGCAACAAGAGGAUCGAACCUCGAGAACGUUCCAGGACUUGCGGAAACGCAAGUUUUGAAUUAUUGGAUUGAUGGCAGCAAAGGAGACGAAUUUUUGGCCAAUUUCAAAGGAAGAGAGUUACACGUGUACAAAGGAGAACUAAGCGAUUCUACAGUAAUCCAGUUUCUGAAUGACUGGAUAUCGAAUUAUGGAUAUCAAAACUUGAAUGUUGUUUGUAUGACUGUUGAUGAAGAAUGCGAACUGCACCCCGAGGUAAUCAUGAGUCAAUGCAGUUUCAAACAGUUUCAUUCAAUGGACACUUUUCCGAUUUAUCGUCGUACACAAAGACUCCGAAUUCUCCCUCUCGUAUUGAAUUCUUGUGAUUUUUCCAGUCAAUUCUAUAUAGUAAGGAAAUCAGAUGGAUACGUGGCUUCGGUUAAAGUUGAAUCGAAAUCAUUGACAUUUACUGCGUGGAACAUGAAUGAGAAACAGUUUCUGGAGAAGCAUGCAAACAAGAUGCUCCAGUAA